AUUAACUUCAAGGCGUAGCACGGUGCAUUCAUUUGCUACGCGAUCGCGCAGAAGAUAAAAUAUCUCCUUCAUUUUCCUCGAAAAUCUCGUUUCAAGAGGGUUCACCGCCGUCUCGUCGCGCAAGCGCUUGCCUACUUUAAACGCUAUCUUCCUCUCUUCUCGAAGAACCAAAUCACCCAAUCUUCACAUCUCUUCGACUUCACUUUCUCCACCACCCAAAUCAGACCAAUUCGUUGGAUUCACACCAACUACUAUACACAAUGGCUUCAACACCAUAUCUUGAGCGAUAUCGCCAACUGGGAACGCUGGACCAGCAAAAGAAUCAGCUUAUCGAGGAUCUCUUACAACGAGUCACCGAUUUAGAGACCUCUUUCGCACAGGAAAAACUCGAUCAUGAACGCGAAACUCGGUUCAACCGCGAUAUUCAGCUACACGAGAUGGAGUUGAUGCAGCAGAUAUCCCAGAUCAAAACUAUUAUGGACCGCGAACCUUUUGUCGUCGUGUUGCUCGACGGCGAGGGUAUAAUCUUCAAGGAUGAAUUUUUGCAGGCCGGCGAAGAGGGUGGCCGCACCGCCGCGGACCAACUCUAUGCUGCGAUCCACUCAUAUUUGAAGUCGAAUCUCCCAAGCGUCACUACCCCAAAGAUAAUGAUGAAGAUUUACCUGAAUGCCAGAGGCUUUGGGGAGCAGUGCACACGCAACGGAAUUUUUACGGACCCCGGCGCGAUCCAUGACUUCAUUCGCGGUUUCAACGAGACCAUGUCUUGCUCAGAAAUCGUGGACGUCGGAUCUGGGAAGAACAGUGCGCACAAUAAAAUUCAAGAGACCUUCCAAGUCUUCCUAUACAAUUGCCACUGCCACCAGAUCUUCGUCGGCUGCCCAUCAAAUAGCGAAUAUGCUCUCUUCCUUGAACAUGUGUCUAAAGACAAUGAUCUUACUGGCCGCAUCUCGCUCGUGGAGGGUGUCGCAUUUGAGAAAGAGCUGGAUGCAGUGAAGGGUUCAUAUCGUAUUGCGAAAUUCCCAGAUGUCUUUCGCUCCGCGAAAAUGGCGAAUUUGUGGGCCGCCGCUCCUUGGAAGAGUACCUUACCUACGCGAUCUGUGCUCACGCCUUCUCCGUCCCGUCAAUUCUCGAAUUUGUCUAAUCCUCCAGCCUUGUCCCGGACAUCCACCAAUACGAGUGCCUCGGGCGUCGCCUUGUCAGUGGCAACUCCGAAUCAAAUCGACACUACUCCUGAUUUCCAAGAAGUGGCUCGCCCCAAGCCCGCCGUCUCAACGGCUCCUAAGACGGUCGAGCGCAAUAAAUACGGGCAACGUGUGGAUCGGCUUGACUUCAAGAGCAUUCCCCGUGAUGAUUUGAAUCGUCUGAAAAAGCUGAAGCUAUGCAACUAUCACUUCCUGCUCGGAGAAUGUCCCAACGAUCCUAACUGCUACCAUGACCAUAAGCGCAAGUUGACCAAGCAGGAGCUUCACAUUUUGACUGCUAUCGCUCGCAUGACUCCCUGCCGAUUUGGUCUGGAGUGUGAUGAUCCUGAGUGUAUCUAUGGCCAUCGUUGCCCCCAGAGCGAGCCUGGGAAAAAGACCUGCUUCCGUGGUGACAGUUGCCGAUUUGAGCCAGUCGCUCACGGCAUUGACACCAACAUCGUCAAAGUCACAAAAAUCUAG